GACAUCACCUGCACACGGCCAACUGCUGUUUACUUUCUGCUGGCGACCGACGUGACUGGACCGAGGUCUACAGGCUGAAGGAGAACUGCGGAAAUGGUGUCUACUGGACAUGGAGAAGAUGGCGAGGAGGUGAAGAGGAAGAGAGAAGACAAGAGGAAGGAGGAAGAAGAAGGUGAAGAUGGAGUCAAGAGGAGGAGAGGAGAUGACGAUGGAGGAUCAGAGGAUGAGGAGCCAACACCUGGGAUGGUGUCCACUGGACAUGGAGAAGAUGGCGAGGAGGAGAAGAGGAAGAGGGAAGAGGAAGGCGAGGAUGGAGUCAAGAGAAGGAGAGGAGACGACAAUGGAGGAUCGGAGGAUGAGGAGCCAACACCUGGGAUGGCGUCCACUGGACAUGGAGAAGAUGGCGAGGAGAAGAGGAAGAGAGAAGGCAAGAGGAAGAGGGAAGAGGAAGGCGAGGAUGGAGUCAAGAGGACGAGAGGAGACGGCGAUGGAGAAUCAGAGAAUGAGGAGCCAACACCUGGGAUGGCGUCCACUGGACAUAGAGAAGAUGGCGAGGAGAAGAGGAAGAGAGAAGGCAAGAGGAAGAGGGAAGAGGAAGGCGAGGAUGGAGUCAAGAGGAGGAGAGGAGACGGCAAUGGAGGAUCAGAGGAUGAGGAGCCAACACCUGGGAGCAGCCAAGGAACAUUGGGCACCUACCCCAGACUAACGGUCAGCAGCUACCAUCUCCACCAGCUCCUGGGUAGGGGCAACUUUGGCAAAGUGGUCCUGGCAUCAGUCCCUGGUCAAGACACCUAUAUGGCCAUAAAAAUCAUUAACAAAAAAGAGGACAACGAGGAUACCAUCAAGAGAGAGCUACGGAUACUCCUGGCGGCCCGAGACUGUCCGUUUCUAUGCCACCUCUACGCCGCACAUCAGUCUUUGGAGCGUGCCUACUUCAUCACAGAAUAUCUGUCUGGCGGCAGUCUGGAGGAUUUGAUCAGGGUGUGCGGCUAUCUGGACAUCGACAACAUAAGGUUCUAUGCAGCAGAGAUGGUAUGUGGGCUCCAGUUCCUCCAUGGACAGAACAUCGUCCACAGAGACCUCAAGCCGGAGAACAUCAUGUUGGAUGCAGAAGGCCACAUCCGCAUCAUUGACCUGGGCCUGGCACAAGAUGGAGUCACCCCCUCCAGUAGGAUCGAUGGAGUGACAGGAACAUUCUACUACAUGGCCCCGGAGGUGCUUCUCGGGAAGGAGUAUUGUACAGCAGUUGACUGGUGGAGCCUCGGGAUUGUGUUGUGCAGGAUGGUAACAGGACGCUUCCCAUUUUACAUCGGCCACAGCAAGCAGAAGGUUUUCAGAGCCAUCACCAGAAAGGAGCCGAAAUUUCCACCCGGGCUGGAUGCUGCUAUUGAACAUCUCAUCACUCAACUGCUACGCAAGAAUCCGGACAAGCGCCUGGGGGUGCGAAGAAACAUCCGGACGCAUCCAUUCUUUUUCACCAUUGGCUGGGAGGAGCUGGAGGAGAAGAGAGCAGAGCCACCAUGGAAGCCGUAUAAGACAGUUCUGCAAAAUCACCAUCUGCAGUGGCCAGAGGACACAGAGACUCCCCAUCAUGUGACCGGAUUCAAUUAUACGUCACCAAGCUGGGCCCGUGGAUGAGAAGAUCUGGACUCUGAGGACCCCGCGGCAACUGCCCAGACCCUCCGGUCUCUUGACCCCAUGCCUCAUGUCUCUGCUGCUGUUACCUUGGCUGCCCUAGAACAUAAUCUCCCGCCUCAACAUUGACUUGGCAUCCUUCAAUCCAGGGCUGGCAUCCAACAUCACUGCAGCCCGAAGAUCCUCUAUGCCCCAGGAGCGGCCUGUGCUUAGAUUCCAUCUGGUGAGUUCAGGAACAAUAUUCGCAUGUUGUGGUCCUGGGAUGCUGAGUGAUGUCUAUUAUCCCUGAACUCACCCAAGCACAGGCCGGGUAAGUACCACACUCACCACAACCCACACACACACCACACACACUACACAAUAGGGAUAAGUGCACACACAUAGACACAUACCACAGAUAGGGGACAUAUAUCGGCUUGAUCCAGGGAUUUAUUCUGACCGCCAUAUUUGGGGUCGGGAAGGAAUUUUUUCCCCUGAUUUGAGGACAAUUGGCUCAUUCCUUACAGGGGGUUUUCGCCUUCCUCUGGAUCAACAUAGCCGUAAAUAGGUUUAGCAAAUUAAUAUCAUGAAUUACCCUAUUAGUAACACAACAAAUUCUAAAAAACGUAAUAAUAAAAAAUAAUAAUAAUAAAACAAUAAUAUAUAUAUAUAUAUAUAUAAAUAUAUAUUUUUUAAUAUUAUCUUAAAAUUGUAUUUGUUCCAACCAUAAACAUUAGA